UUCUACAUAUGGACAGGCGUUCGAGAUAGGGCCCCAUCGAGGACCACUGCAGUCUGGCCAGCGCGAAUGCUCGGCCAUAUAGCAUGCCACUGGCAUGCCAUAUCCCUCUGGAAACGAUAGCCCCCACGCUGAGACACUCGACAUGUCCGAACAGUCCGAACAACGCAGAAGGCUCGCAUGAGUCGACAAGUACGGCCGAUCCUGUCAAAGAAAUGAUGUCGGUCGAACAGCACGAGCGCCCAAGAACACCAAGGGCGGACCCGCUGCCGGAGUCAGGUUACAUCGACUGCGUACUACACAUGCACGCGUAACCUCGUUCAUCCCAACAAUGUGCUAUGUUGGGCUGCAAGACGUCCUCUUGGUUGGCUUCCCAUGCUGUUGCUCGGGCUUCGUCGAUGCGCGGAAGAUGGGGCGUCGGGGGAUAUGCAUUCCGUCCGAGAGGUGAAGCGAGGCAACUUCCCCCGACCACGCUGCCAGUGAUCAACUCGGACUCGGCGUCGAGGUAUGCUCGAGCUUUACAUUCGACCCCAUUAACGAAUGGCUCGUUGGAACGUCGCGGAGGCUCAGUGGGAGAGCGUGCAUUGCACCCAAUGGCAAGGACUCGGACAGCGCCGGCUCUACCGACGAUACACUUCACCCUAAUUCAUGCACGAGCAUUCCACUCGACGCCUCCAAGAAAUGGCUUGCCAUUCGUCCCCUUCCUGCUCUCGUUCCUCAAGACCUCCAGUGCUAUUCAGUUGGCGAGCACCGUCUCCCGGAUCGCUCUCACAUUCAUGCCCAUUGCCCUUCUCAACAAAAUGAAGAGCUACAAGAAGCUGCAGAGGAUUGACGCGAAGAUCAAGGAUGGCAAGUCCAGCGACGAGCUGCACGAGUGGAGGGAGACAGUCGUCGAGCGGUUGCGCAACAGCACACGGCUUUUCCACCUCGUCCUGUUCACCCCCAUCGUCCUCUUCUGGCUCACGAUCGUCGCCAGCCUCGAGCGCACGCCGCUCACCGGCCGCUGGCGCCUCAUCCUCCUAUCUCCCGACGAAGAGGAGGACAUAGCCGCCCAGCUCGCAGGGCCGGGCUGGUACCGCGCCGUCGGCGAGAUCCUCACGCAGAACGGUACCCCACGCCUCAUCGACCCGGGCGACUGGCGCUUCCAAUGGGUCCUCAGCACCCUCCGCCGCCUUGAGAGCGUGAUCCCCGUACUGCAGCACGAGAAAGAGCUGCGGCCAGAUUGGAUUGACUACGGGCCAGACGACAUACCCCAGCCUCCCCCCGCAAAGUAUCCCCUACGGCCCCGCCCGCGUGCAUCCGACUACUUCCGCAGAUUCGCAGAGGCCGCAAGGAACCGGACCGCGCAGACACCAGCGCAUUCCAUCCCCGGGCCGCCGUACUCUCUGCUGGUCGUUGACGACUCGGAGUCGUCCAACGCGUUCUCGUAUGGCUUCGGUCCGGACGGCGGGGGUGGCAUAGUUGUGUUCUCGGGCUUCAUCGAGGAUGUGUUGCGCAAGUAUCCGCGUGCGUUUGUUGAGGAGCCACAGCCGACGUCCUGGUGGUCGUACCUCUUUGGCAACUUCUUCGGGUUCGGUCCACAUUCGCCGGCGCAUCCCGUCCCUACCGAGGAGCAGUCCUCGGAACUGGCGAUCCUCCUUGCACACGAACUCGCACACCUUGUGCUUACGCACCACAUCGAGACGUUAUCGACAGGCACGAUUAUCUGGCCUGGGGUCAUUACGAUCUUCACCGACAUAGUCCGCUCCUUCCUAUUCCCGGUGACUAUGCUAUUUGGGCCAUUCAUCAACGAUGCCCUCGCGGGCGUCGGCAAAGCCAGCUCCGGCGAGAUCUCUCGCAUCACCGAGUACUGCACCUCCCAGUCGCAAGAGGUCGAAGCAGACAUCGUCUCCGCGAGGUUGCUCGCCCAUGCAGGAUUCGACCCGCGGCACGCUAUCCAUUUCUGGGAGGGCCGUAACGAGACGCCGAGGACGGCGGAGUGCACACCCGGGCGCGCGGAGGAGAUGCAGCGCGAGGAGGAGACAUCGCUGCUCAACCUGCCGCGCCGCUGGAUCGGCGCGUCGCACCCGAUCAACCUGGUGCGCGUGCAGAAGCUCAGGGACGAGCUCGAUCGCUGGGAGCAGGCGCGGGUCAAAGCGAGGGAGACGCGCGAAAUUGAGAGGCGGAAGGUUGCCGCUCAGCAGGAAGGGGCUGCUCCUGCUGCUGCGGAGUGAGACUGGGCCCGUCUUCAAGUUUACUGUUAUUUAUUCGUCGAUGCCUCGUUUUUUAUCUGGUUUGUCUCUUCGGCGCCAUGUGUCGUGUAGGUCUAGUCCACUCGUUGAAUCCCCCCUGUGUAUUUGUAGUCCGAGUCGUACAACAGCGAACAUUGCUAUCGUGCUGCUUACUUUACAUCGUUACUCUACACUAUUUCUCAGUAGUAUUGCAAACAACCCCACUCUAGAUCCAUCCCAUUUCUACGUCCACGUCUGUUCUAGGUCUCGUAAAGGGCCGGCUGUCUCCAGUCAGAGCUAGGUAGAGUAACAGCAACGCCCAGACCACGUCACAAGCAGCACAAAAAGGAAGACGACCAAGGUAGAGCCAACUUCGAAACGAAGCGUAUAUCCGAAAAAUUCGUAGUGCGGCUCUGAAUGGGGUCAGUACACGGAAUCCCCUAGUAAAAGGCGAGGGGAUUGUCUUAUUGCACUAACC